AUGGUAUCCAGGGCAGACCCUCUCAAUCCACAGAAGGUACAUGGGAUCACAGGGGUACAGGAGGAACUGGAGCCCAUGGAAAGAAGGCUCCAGGGCUAUGUGGGCGGGGCCCAAGGUCGGUUUGAAGUAGGGGCUGGUGGGAAAGGCAGGUGGGGUUGGGAGCAGGCUCUGGCAGGCUUCCAUGCCAGAAGCUACCAGUAUCUUCUCUUUGCCUCUGCCCUGAAGCAGACGACCCCAGAGAUGACAUCAACCAAAUUAGGACAGGGUGUCUCCACAGUGUGCGGGAAGCCCAAGGUGAUAGGGAAGGUGUACGGUGGCCAUGAUGCAGUGGCUGGCCAGUGGCCAUGGCAGGCCAGCCUACUCUACCAUGGCUGGCACCUCUGCGGAGCUGUCCUCAUUGACUCCUACUGGCUACUUUCCACUGCCCACUGCUUUCUCAACACAUCCCAGGCACCACAGGACUACCAGGUCCAAUUGGGGAACACCCAGCUGUACCAGCAAACCCAGUACACCCAGAAGAUGCCUGUGAACAAGAUUAUCACCCAUCCAGACUUUGAGAAGUUCUAUGCCUUUGGGAGUGACAUAGCCAUGUUGAAGCUGCUCCUGCCUGUGAACAUCACACCCUAUGUCGUUCCUGCCUGCCUCCCUCCUACAGACAUGCAGAUGCCCACUCACACGUCCUGUUGGAUAACUGGCUGGGGAAGGCUCUCUGAGAAGACACCACUGCUACCACCCUACACUCUCCAGGAAGCUAAGGUGAGCCUUGUGGAGAGCACAUUCUGCAAUACCAUCUAUGGGCAAACAUCUGGAAAAGGCAAGAACUACUCUGUGCAGGAAGAGAUGCUGUGUGCAGGGGAAUUCUCAGCAGGAAAGGCUAUCUGCCAAGGUGAUUCUGGGAGUCCUCUUGUCUGCUAUGGCCCCAAUGCCUGGGUCCUAGUAGGGCUGGCCAGCUGGGGCCUGGACUGCUGGCAUCCUGUCUACCCCAGCGUCUUCACCAGGGUUGCCUACUUCAUUGACUGGAUCAAUGAAGUCAGGAGGCUGAGUCCUCCACCAGACCCUCCUCCCACAGACAUUCCACGAAAGCCUCUGAGGGCUUCUGGCUCACUCCAGCCCUACAGGACACUCGUGAGCCCACAGACCUGGCUCCUCCUGCCACUUAUCCUCAAGGUACAGUGGCAGGCCCGUGGAUGA